GUAGCUUGUUUACUAGUUUUGCCAGCAGAUCAUAAGCUCGGAUCUACUCAAGCUUCUGAAGCGAAGGCAUGGAAAGUCGUAUGAUGCUUUCUUGAAAAGCAAGUUAAUUCCAGUAGUUGGAGACAUCGCAGAAGAUAAUCUUGGGAUGGACUCUGGAACAUCACUCAAGAUUAGUGAGGAGAUUGAUAUCAUUAUCAGUUCUGCUGCUCGCACAACCUUUGCCGACAGGUGCAACUCUGCUCUAAGCGUCAAGGCUCUUGGACCUGGUCGGCUACUGAUCUUCGCCAAAAUGUUAUUUUCUGAGAACCCCAGACCCAGAGCUCAGAUACAUGGCUGGGAAAACACCUACACGUUCACAAAAGCCAUGGGUGAAACCGUAAUCCGAAGUAACCGAGGAGAGCUGCCUGUAGUGAUCAUAAGGCCAAGCAUUAUUGAAAGCUCUUACAAUGAGCCUUUCCCUGUCUGGAUCCAAGGAUUCAGAAUUGCAGAUCCAGUGAUCUUGGCUUAUGGCAAAAGACAGCUUCCUGGAUUUUGAGGAGAUCCUCAAGCUUUGGUUGACAUUGUACCUGUUUAUAUGGUUGUGAACGCAGCCAUAGCAGCCAUGGAACACUAUGGUCAUGGUGUCACAGAGCUGUAAGUGUACAACAAUAUUACUUCAUCGCAGAGCUAAAAAUUCUUUAGUAUGUGUUACAUUAUCAAGAAUAUAAACAUCUUUGUGAAAU